CCAGGAGGGUGGCUCUGGAGAGCAGACGCUUCUUGCUGGCAAGUGGGCUGCCUGGCCAUGCUCUGGGCGCUCUGGCCAAGGUGGCUGGCAUGCAAGGAGCUGCCCCUCCUGGGGGUGGUGUUGCUCCGGAAGAGAGAAAAGAGGGAACCUCAGUGGAGUCAUUGCCGGCGGGAAACCCACCCAUACUAUGACCUCCAGGUGAAGGUGCUGAGGGCCAGAAAUAUCCAGGGCACAGACCUGCUGUCCAAAGCUGACUGCUACGUGAAACUGUGGCUGCCCACGGCAUCUCCUAGCUGCGCCCAGACAAGGGUGAUAGACAACUGCAGCAACCCUGAGUGGAAUGAGACCUUCCACUACCAGAUACACAGCGCUGUGAAGAACGUCCUAGAGCUCACCCUCUAUGACAAGGAUGUCCUGGCCAGCAGAGAACUCUCCCUGCUGCUGUUUGACCUGAAGAGCCUCAAGCCUGGCCAACCCCACAGACACACCUUCCCACUCAACCAGCAGGAUUCACAAGAGCUGCAGGUGGAGUUUGUUCUGGAGAACAGCCAGGUGCCUGCAUCUGAAGUCAUCACCAAUGGUGUCCUGGUGGCUCAGCCCUGUCUGAGAAUCCAGGGCUCCCUCAAGGACAAUGAGACAGCUCCACAUCGAGGGUAUGGCUCUAGGCAGAUUUGCCUGGCAGUGCCCGGGGCCUACGAGAAACCACAGCUCUUGCCGCUGCAGCCUCCCGUGGAGGCGCGCCGCCCGGACACCUUUACCUUCCACGUGAACCCAGUGCUUCGCUCCCGGCUGCACGUGGAGGUCGGGGAGGAGCUCACGGUCCUGGAGAGUGACCCGAAUGCUGAGUUGGAGGCUCAGACCAGCAAUCUGGGCAAGGGGGGCAUCCUGCUGUCCUCUCUGGCCCUGGGUCAGGAGGAACAGCGCUUGGUGGCUGUGGGGCAGGGCCAGGAGGUGGCCCUGAGUGUGAAGGCAGAAAUGUGCUCUGGAAACCUUGACCUGCGCCUUGGCUUUGACCUCUGUGACGGGGAGCGCGAGUUUCUGGACAAGAGGAAGCAGAUCGUAUCCAAGGCCCUGCAGCAGGUGCUGGGAUUGAGCCAGGCUCCCGACAGUGGCCAGGUGCCCGUGGUGGCUGUGCUGGGCUCUGGAGGUGGAACCCGUGCCAUGUCUUCCCUGUAUGGCAGCCUGGCAGGGCUGCAGGAGCUCAGUCUCCUGGACACUGUGACCUACCUGAGUGGGGUCUCUGGGUCCACCUGGUGCAUCUCCACACUCUUUAGGGACCCAGCUUGGUCCCAGGUGGCCUUGCAGGGCCCCACGGAGCGUGCCCGGGCUCGGGUCUGCAGCAGUAAGAAGGGAGCCGUGUCCACAGAGCGCUUACAAUACUGUGCUCAGGAACUGAAGAACCUGGAAAGCAGCGGCCACAGCACUUCCUUGGUUGACCUCUGGGGCCUCCAGGUUGAAUAUUUCCUGUACGAGGAGGAAAACCCAGCCAAGCUGUCUGACCAGCAGGAGGCCGUCAGCCAGAGCCAGAACCCUUAUCCCAUCUACGCUGGUGUCAACGUCCGCACCAACAUCAGCGGCGAAGACUUUGCAGAAUGGUGCGAGUUUACUCCCCAUGAGAUUGGCUUCCCCAAGUAUGGGGUUUAUGUUCCCACCAAGCUCUUCGGCUCAGAGUUCUUCAUGGGGCGACUGCUGAAACUCUGGCCGGAGCCCCGGAUCUGCUACCUGCAGGGUGUGUGGGGCAGCGCCUUUGCCGCCAGCCUGGAUGAGAUCUUCCAGAAGACCGCGGGCUUCAGCCUCGGCUUCCUGGACUCGUACCGCGGCAGUGUGAACAUCACAGACGACCGGCAAAAGCUUCAGCUGAAUGACCCCACGAGGCUGCGGACGAGGCUCUUCACCCCCCAGGGGCCCUUCUCCCAGGCGGUGCUGGACAUAUUCACCUCCCGCUUUACCUGUGCCGAGAGCUUUAACUUCGCCCGUGGCCUCUGUCUGCACAAGGACUAUGUGGCUAGCAGGGAGUUUGUGGCCUGGAAAGACACACACCCGGACGCCUUCCCCAACCAGCUCACUCCCAUGCGGGACUGCCUGUGCCUGGUGGACGGGGGCUUUGCCAUCAACUCUCCCUUCCCGCUGAGCCUGGUGCCGCACAGAGCCGUGGACCUCAUUGUGUCCUUCGACUACUCCCUGGAUGCCCCCUUUGAGGUCUUACAGGUGACAGAGAAGUACUGCCUGGACCGAGGCAUCCCCUUCCCCAGAAUCGAGGUGCUCCCUGAGGACCUGGAGGAACCCCGUGAGUGCUACCUGUUUGCCAGGGCCGAGGACCCCCGCUCACCCAUCGUGCUGCACUUCCCCCUCGUCAACCGCACCUUCCGCACACACCUGGCCCCAGGUGUGGAGAGACGAACAGCUGAGGAGAAGGCCUUUGGGGACUUUGACAUCAACGGGCCAGACACCCCCUAUGGCAUGAUGAACUUCACCUAUGAGCCCGAGGAGUUUGAUCGGCUGGUGGCCCUGAGCCGAUACAACGUUCUGAACAACGCGGAGACCCUCAAGCAGGCCCUCCAGCUGGCUCUGGACCGGCGGCAGCGGGGAACCAGGGCUGGAGGCAGACCCCGGCUGGAGCUGGAGGACUGUGACACAGGAGGGACUGUGGGGCUACAGACCGGGGCUUGAUAGAGGGAGGAGGGGACUCUGCGGGGCUUCUGUUUCCCUUCUUGCUGGGACCUGCCUUAGGGCCACCAGCACCUGAACAGCUCCUGCAGACCCGCAGCUUGAACUUGGGGCAGAGCCCCUCUCGCAUGUGUUUCUGGGGAA